AUGAGGAUGAAUAGUACCAGAUUUGGUUUUUCUCUUUUCUUCUUCAUUAUUGUUUCUGAAAGCAUGUUUUUGGGCAAUGCACAAAACACGACAGUCCCAGUUGAUGUUGGUGUGGUUCUUGACAUGGAUACAUGGAAUGGGAAGAUGGGGUGGAGUUGCAUAAAUAUGGCUCUUUCUGACUUCUAUGCCUCUCAUCCUUACUACAAAACUAGGCUGAGGCUUAACACCAGGGACUCCAGACGUGAUGUUGUUGGAGCAGCAGCCGCAGCUCUAUACCUUAUAAAAAAUGCAGAAGUGCAAGCCAUCAUAGGGCCACAAAACUCGAUGCAGGCCAACUUUGUCAUCGAUCUGGGGGAAAAAGCUCAGGUGCCCAUUAUAUCUUUCUCAGCAACAAGCCCUUCUCUUACUUCCCUUCGGAGUCCAUACUUUUUUCAAGUCUCUCAAAAUGACUCAUCCCAAGUGAAAGCUAUAAGUGCAAUUAUUCAAGCUUUUGGAUGGAGAGAAGCUGUGCCAAUCUAUGUAGACAAUAAUUACGGGGAAGGUAUAAUACCCUUCUUGAUUGAUGCCUUGCAAGGGAUUGAUACUCGUAUCCCCUACCGAAGUGUCAUUCCUCCAUUGGCCACCGAUGACCAAAUUAGUGAAGAACUUUACAAGUUGAUGACAAUGCAAACAAGAGUGUUCAUUGUGCACAUGUCACACAAUCUUAGUUCUCGGCUUUUCACCAAGGCAAAAGGGAUUGGAAUGAUGAGAGAAGGUUAUGUUUGGAUAGUUACCAAUGGGAUAGCCAAUUCAUUUAGUUUGACAGAACCUUUAAUCCUUGAAUCUAUGCAAGGGGUAUUAGGUAUGAAGACUUAUUUUCCAAAAACAAAAGAGCUUGAAAAUUUUACUAUUCAAUGGAAAAGGAAAUUCCAACAGGACAAUCCAAACAUUACCAAUGCUGAACUAAGUGUUGUUGGCCUAUGGGCUUAUGAUGCUGCUUCCGCACUAGCUAGGGCAGUUGAGAAAGUUGGGAUCACAAAUCUUGGGUUUGAGAAGACAAAUGUUUCAAGCAACUUAACUGAUCUUGAAACUAUUAGGGUCUCUCAAAAUGGCCCGAAACUUCAUGAAGCUAUAUUGGGUGUACGAUUUACAGGACUUUCUGGAGAGUUCAGUCUUGUUAAUGGUCAACUACAAUCAUCAAGUUUUGAAAUUAUUAAUGUGAAUGGCAAUGGAGAAAGGAGGAUUGCAUUCUGGACUCCAGAAAAUGGACUCGUAAGGAAAUUGAAUUCAGCGAACACAAGCACAUAUUCCACCUCGAAGGACAAUCUAGGACCUGUUAUUUGGCCAGGUGAUUCUAGCUCUGCCCCUAAAGGUUGGGAGAUUGCAACAAAUGGGAAGAAAUUGCGUAUAGGAGUUCCAGUGAAAGAUGGUUUUAAUGAAUUUGUUAAGGUGACGCGUGAUCCUAGCAUUAAUACACCACAAGUCACUGGGUAUUGUAUAGACGUCUUCAAUGCUGUAAUGGAAGAAUUGCCAUACGCCGUUAGCUAUGAGUUUAUUCCCUUUGCAAAGCCUGAUGGUGGAAGCGCCGGUGAUUAUAAUGAUUUGGUCUAUGAAGUAUUUCUUGGGAAAUUUGACGCUAUGGUAGGAGAUACAACGAUCGUAGCGAACAGGGCAAACUUUGUGGACUUUGCAUUGCCAUACACGGAAUCUGGAGUAUCAAUGGUUGUGCCAAUCCAAGACAACAGGCCAAAAAACGCAUGGGUGUUCUUGAAGCCUUUAACUUGGGACCUUUGGAUGACAAGCGGUUGUUUCUUUGUCUUCAUAGGCUUUGUGGUAUGGGUUCUUGAACACCGAAUAAAUGAUGAUUUUCGUGGGCCUCGCUUGCAUCAGAUUGGGACAAGCUUGUGGUACGCCUUCUCUACCAUGGUUUUUUCACAUCGGGAGCCAGUGUUAAGCAAUUGCGCUAGGUUUGUGGUGAUUGUAUGGGUUUUUGUGGUGCUCAUACUCACUCAAAGCUAUACUGCGAGUUUGACGUCACUCUUAACAGUUCAACAACUGCAACCAACUGUUACUGAUUUCAAACAGCUUAUUAAGAAUCAGGAGUAUGUCGGAUACCCAGAAGGUUCUUUUGUUUUUGGAGUCCUAAAAGAAAUGAACUUCGACACAAGUAAGCUUCGGCAAUAUAAUUCUACAGAUCAAUGUGAUGAACUUUUAUCCAAUGGAAGUGCAAAUGGCGGUAUAGCUGCUGCUUUUGAUGAAAUCCCAUACAUGAAGCUUUUUUUGGGACAAUAUUGCUCAAAAUAUACCAUGGUUGCAUCAAUAUACAAAACUGAUGGCUUUGGCUUUGCCUUCCCAAGAGGUUCCCCUCUUGUUGCUGAUGUUUCUAGGGCAAUCUUAAAUGUGACCGAGGGAGAGAAAAUGAAAGAGAUUGAAAAGGCAUGGCUUGGGAUGGAAACCAAUUGUCCAGAUUACAACACCCAAGUUUCUUCUAAUAGUCUCAGCCUUGCAAGCUUUUGGGGCCUAUUCCUCAUUGCCGGUGUUGCUUCCUUAUUAGCCCUCAUCGUCUCCGUUGGCAUGUUCCUUUACAAUGAGAGGCGGCAAAUCUUGAUGCGUUUUGAUACAGAAGGAUCAUUAGGGAGAAGAAUUCAGCAUACAUUGAGAAUCUUUGACAGAAAAGACCUAAGCUCGCAUACUUUUAGAAAGAGAGCUCUUGGAGACAGAUGUGAGAUUGACGGUGUUCACGUUAUAGGCGCAAGUGAACCCUCGCCAAAUGCUAACUACCCACCAACUCCAUCAAGCCAUUCAACACGUGUCAUAGGAGAUUCAGAAACGCCUUCUCGAGAAUAUGCAGAUCUCAUGAGUCCAAGGGGUCAAGUGUCUGAACCAGCAGGAGAUACUGAGCAAAUUGUCGACCCAAAUCAAGAGGGACCAUGA